UUUCGUUUGAGCACUUCAGCGUCGCGAUCGGGUCUCGCAGUCACGAGAUACAGCAACCCGCCCACCAGCACUCUUGAUGUGGGGCAUCUUAGCCCUUGUCGGGCUCCUGCUGCUAAGCAUGGGUCGGCAGAGAGUGGACCCCGUAGCCGCUGAAAAGGCGUGUGAAGCGGUACGCAGCGGUCGCAUGUCACAGAACGCCGCUGCAGCUGCCUUUGGGUUGGGUAGAAGCUCCCUCCAGCGGCGUCUGGAUGGUAAUUGCGCCAUGGACGCGAGGGUUGGCCCCGGGACUGUCAUGACCAAAGCAGAGGAGGACGCGGUGGAAGAUCUCCUGUUGUACGCUGGUAGAAACUUCAUUCCUCUCACCACCGCAGACCUCACGGAACGCGUGAGACGGCUCUGCAACGACGGUCGGCCGAUCCCGUGGAACAGUGACAAGGGCCCGGGGAAGGACUGGCUCAAGGGCUUCCUCGGAAGGCACUAGGGCAUCACCCAUCGACUCGUCCGCAUCUACGAGUCUAACCGGGUGACCU